GGUAGUAGUGUAUUCCUCUUGGCUUGUCUCGGCCGGAGUCCUCUCCACUCCACGCAACGCAGACAGGAGGAGUAGGAGGAGAGGAGAAACCCCUGCGCAAGAAAGAAAGAAAGAAACAAAGAAACCAAAGGCGGUCGAGUCCUUGACCAGCACAGAACCAACCUCGAUUCCUACCCCGUGGCCUUGUUUUUAUCCAACGACCACGCCUUCUGGUGCGUGCAAACUCCAUCCAACGAGCUCGGACAUGGCGAAGCCACGCCGGAGUAGAUUCGCUUUCGCUGGGUGCGGAUGCUUCGGAGGAGGCCAGGCUCGGGGUAAGGUGGCGGAGGAUGAGUACCCGGUGAAGCUGCACAUCUACGAUAUCAGUCGGGGGAUGGCACGGCAGCUCUCCACGACGGUGCUCGGCAAGGCCAUCGAGGCCGUCUGGCACACAGGCGUGGUGGUUCAUGGCAAAGAGUAUUACUUCGGGGGAGGCAUCCAGCAAGGCCGGCCUGGGAGGACGCCAUACGGGACUCCUGCCCGUGUAGAGCAUUUCGGCGUCACGCAUGUCGCCAAGGAGGACUUUGAAGGCUUUCUGCAGGAGAUGAGCCCGCGCUACACACCAGAAACCUACAACCUCCUCACCAACAACUGCAACCACUUCAGCAAUGAGGUCGUCAAAUUCCUCGUUGGUUCCACGAUUCCGAGCUACAUCCUCGACCAGCCCAAGGAGGCGAUGAAGAGCCCGAUCGGCGCACUGAUAAUGCCGAUGAUUCAGGGGCUGGAGACAACAUUGCGAGCAGGAGCUGCUAUACAGCCUCCACAAUCCGUGCUUGCUCCUGCAGCAGCGGCGCAGACACAGCCUUCCACGAAAAGCACUCCGAAUGAAACUGCAAAGGGUGAGAUGGUGAGCAAUGACAGCGGGAUCAUCCCGCAUGUAGUGCUACCCACACCCAAGGGAGUGGGAGUGGUGCAGACACAUCCCUCCACGAAGAACGACCAGAUAGAAUCGAGAUCAGUCGCCGCCAAUGAAGCUGGCGCUGAUGAAAUGGUGGACAGUGAUUGUGGCAUCAUCCCGCCUCCGGCAAAACCAGCUACUCCAGCAGCAGCGACGCAGACAGAGCCCUCCCUAAACAGCAUUGAACUACAGACGGUGGACGAGGGCACUAGGAUCAUCACCCCACCAGCUGUGCAACCUGUUGCUCCAGCAGCGGCGGUGGCUCAGGUGACUGUGCCAACGGCAGCAACUUCAGACCCCCUCGGAGAGGCGAAGAACCGAGUGCAGGAGGAGCUAAAGCAGGAGUUUGCGGCCAUCAUGGCGACAGGGUCUGUGCAGGCUGGUGAUGCGGCUGCCCUCGCGAUGAGAAGGGUCAUGGAGCGGCACGGGCUGCGGCGCACCGCAGUUCCCACACAGCAAGGGUAGAACAAGUGGGUGCCCUUUGUAUGCAGAAGAGGAUGCUCAAGAUGUAAUUACUGAUUACAUCCAUCAAGUACAUAUGCAUUCAUCCGGUUAUUACUGUGGUCAGUUGUGGAUGGAUACAGAUUGAUCACCUAUCUCAGUUUCAGUUUGUCUAUUUGCUGCAA